GAGAUGUUCCAUGGAGGCCUUUAGGGGGCAUGGAUAUGAUGCCUAGGAUGGUGAAAGGAUCCUGCAUUAGAAAUUGAUAGCCAGCUGAGAGACAGAGAGGGAGGGAGGGGCUGGUUGAGCUGCAAAGGAGAACUUUGGAACAAGAUUCUUUCAACCAAAAAAAAAAGGAGAAGUUGGAGAAAGAGGAUCCCUGACCACAUUAGAUGAUUGGGUUACAAAAGUAGGUCAUCGUUGGGUCCACAAAGGCACCAUUCACUUGGAGGAGAAUGACGGCCGUUAUAGGUUCAGAUCCAGAGUUAUUUUCAUGUUUGCUGCUGCCCGUUUUGGCUGGAAACUCUGAGACCGCAGUACACAGUGCAAACAACUUUGCAAUUCAAAGCAUUGAAAGCUUGGGGCAAAACUCUCAAGAGACACCAGUGGGGCAAGGGGCAGUGGUGGUGGUGGGGGAGGCAUGUUGCCAGCAAUGAGCUCAAGUUCCCUGUUAGUUUUUACUUGUGCUACCGAAAUUUCAUUUAGCAAAGUUGCAUUAUGGAGCAGAGUUAUAAGUUUCCGUAUUACAUGCAUAGUAGGUGCUGGGCUCCAUUCACCAGCCUUUACAGCCAGCAGUGAUUUUUCUAACCAUUUCUUCAGCCAUGGGAAGAGCCAGAUAACCGCUGUUUUUAUUUUCAAGUUUUAAACAAGACCUCUCCUGUCUAUUUAAGUUGGAAUCAAGAUGACUACAGCUGCCCCAACGCCUGAAUAUUCCCUGCCUUGGAAGAAUGUGACCACAAAGUCUCGAGAGCAAAUCCUUUAUCAGAGCUCUGGAGCAAUAGUAGCAGCGAUUGUCGUGGGCAUCAUAGUAAUAUUUACAACAGUUCUGCUCAUCCUUAAAACGUAUAACAGGCACAUGAGGACCAAACGAGAGCUGGAGCCCAAGAAUGCAAAAACCAACAUCCCCCCCGUUUUUGGACAGGACAGUAGCACCUCUGCCAGGAACAGUGCAGUCACUUUUCUCCCUAUAGACAUUCACACGCCCCAAAGAAGACUCUGAAGAGGCAGCAAGGGGAGGAAUAAUCAGCAAGAAGUGAACUCUGCAGAUUCGUGAGGAAUGGAGUGGCUCCCAUCGUCCAUGUUUCAGUGGUCUGCUGGUCACCAAUUUUUUUC